CGUUCCUUUUUUUCCUUUUCCUCUUUUUUCUUUUCUCUGGGGCAAUGCUACUACACUAGUUCCUUCACGUACUUGGGCGAAUACUUAAAAGACCAGCCCCGCUGCUGACCACGAAGCCCUUUCAGAAACAAGCCGCAGCUCAGCCCAAGAACGAAAACCUGACAACAAACCUACGGUACAUACGAACCUAAUCCGAUCAUACUCGCAUUUCUCCUUCUCAUUGAAAAAGCUCCACCCGUUCGUCGAGUCAAGAGAAUCAAUGAUCGGGACUUGCUUGAUAUCGGCAGGCAUACCGUACCUCGAGACAUCGACGACCUCCCUCCAUUGGAGUCCUUCCCCGAUGAUCAACUAGAUAAAACCCCACUUUCCGAUCUGGUUCCCUCACGUCCAGGUCUGCACGCUCACGGUACGCCCGCUUGCGCUGAACGAACAAAUCGCACACGGGCACCAUACCUCGCUGGGGCAGAACAUUGCCGGAAACCUCGAUUCCAGUCCCGGCCGGCGCUGAAUGCCUGGACAAGCUGGAUUGCGCUGAACAGGAUCUCCACCACGAACCGACCGGGCACUCAGUCCGCCCACUCGGCUUGGGCCGCAGCGCCGCUCCUAGUCAGCGCCCCCGUCAGUGCCAGUCCCAAACAAGCGUUACGCCCCGAACCCCAGGUUUCCUUGUUGGUAUUUUCGCCAGGUCUGCAGUGCCGUCUUAGAUCCGGUUUCACCGGCCUUGCCGCUCGGCAUCCCUGUAUAUAUACAGAUCUUGCCUCUGGUUUCUUUUUUCUUAAAUUUCUCCAAUAUUUUUCUUUUUUUGCUCUUUUGAUCCUGGCAGAGCGGGGUCUGGAUUUCGCUGUCUUACUUUUUUUUUUAUACCUCAGCCCGUGAAAAGGCAGGUCCCGGCCUCUUGUCGCUAUUUUUCACACCAAAAAGUCGUGACGCCGGUGGCACCAUAUAAGUGAUCCCGGACCUCGGAUCUUUGCUUGGCGACUCGGGCAUCCGGCGCCCAUCCCCCCCCGCGCCAACCCGCUUUCCGUCCUCGGCGGCGUGCAACACCACUUCAAACGGCUACCGUUACAGUACACGACCCGGCCGCAAAACGCAGGGUCACACAACCACCUGGAACUUGCCAAAAUGUCUGCUGCAUUGCGCUUUUGGUUGCGCGGACAGUCCGCCGCCUCGAACCAGUCGUCCAAAGCGCCGAGUGCUGCGCCGAGCCCGGCCGCCAGUUCUACUUCUUUGCGCGACCAGUUCAACAAACAUGGACGUUCCAGUACCGGCUCAGUUAGCGCUGCCCAGCAGGAGGCGAGCAACAUUGAAGAUGCCAUGGCGGCAGUAGCAUUGAUCAUGAACGACGACAUCGACGGAGCCGAAGCAAUGCUGCGUGCGCGCGAAGAUGCCUCGACAUUCCACCAGCUUGGUGUGGGUGUCUCGACAUUUUUGAGGAGUAUCUUGGGUUUCGAAAAGGACAUCAUGAACGAGGCGACAACCCGGUUGGGGGAGACGGAAACACGGGCAUGGAAUGAUAUGAAGAAGGCCCAGAAAGAGGCGGAAAAGCAUGGGGUGUACGGUGGUUCGGUAUACCCCCAGGGGCAUCCGUCAGGAGGAAGCCACAUCUACCCUCCGGGUUCUGAGUUUGCGCUCGUGAACGCAGAGGCGCAACUCAUGGGCGCCGUGGUGGCUGUGAUGCACGAAAGUCUGACGGAAGGAAUCAAGGGAUUUUACAAGCUGAGAAAGGCGUACGCGACCUUGGACGGUAUCAUGGCCUCUGAGUUGCUGUAUCUGCAGACACUGGAAAAGAAGGGUAUCAUCACGAACGCAAGCUCCACCAAGACGAGUCUCGACAAAAUGCCUGGUGCAUUCAGCGACUCGGAAUUUGCUACCCUCGAAAACACCAAAGGCGCAAACACUCCUUCGCAAAACGGCGCCGCCGCAGACUCUGCCAGUGUCGCCAAGGACCCCUCUGGCCCUCAGACACCAGCGUCCGCAUCGGCUUCCAACGAAGCGAAGACGGCCGCAGAUGUAGAUAUACUCGACGAGAAGUUAGGCCAUCUCCAACUUGACGCCGAUGCGGCGAGCGAGCAGAAUGUGCUCCCAGAUGCGUCCCUAGAAGAUACGACACCAUCGACACCCCAGUUCUCCCACCUCGACCAGCUGAACAAGUUCGGCGCCGAUAGGUCACUUUUCAAGUCACCAGUUGACAUCUUCGUCCACAGCGGCGCCAGCAUGUGCUUUGGUAUUCUCCUGCUCAUCAUCUCCAUGGUUCCCCCAGCAUUCUCCCGUCUUCUCUCCGUCAUCGGUUUCAAGGGCGAUCGCGACAGGGGAGUCCAGAUGCUCUGGCAGUCAACCAAGUACGACAACGUCAACGGCGCCAUGGCCGGCCUCGUCCUCCUCCAGUACUAUAACCUCUUCUUCGGAAUUGCCGACAUCCUCCCCAGCGAGCUCGACAUCCAGCAACUCUCCAAGCCUUCCACCGGGGGCGCCAAGUUCGAAGCCGUCGGCUACCCCCACAACGAGUGCACCGCUCUGCUUGCCCAGAUGCGCCAUCGGUAUCCGGACUCGCGCCUCUGGAGGCUCGAAGAAGCUCGCGUCUUGGCCAACGCUCGCCGCAUCGAGGAGGCCCUGGCCAUGCUGGCUGACAAUAACGACAGCAAGAUGCGCCAGAUUGCAGCGCUCAACAGUUUCGAGCUGAGCAUGAACUCCAUUUAUGCCCUUGACUUUAAGGCCGCGCCCGUCCACUUUUUGCGCUGCGUCGAGCUGAACAGCUGGAGCCACGCGCUAUACUACUACCUUGCCGCCUGUGCCGAGCUGGAGCUGUACCGCGAUCUGUUCCACAGCGGCGAAGCUACCAGCCCUGCGGCGCUCAAACACAAGAAGCUUGCAGAGGAGUACUUCCGCAAGGCCCCCACCGUGGCCGGCAAGAAACGCUUCAUGGCCAAGGCGAUGCCCUUUGAGGUGUUUGUGCUGCGCAAGCUGCAGAAGUGGGAGGAGCGCGUCAAGGCGUACGGGUUAGAUCUUGCCGAUGUGAUCUGCGUCAGUCCCGCCAUGGAGAUGAUUUACUUGUGGAACGGCAGCAAGCGUAUGCCGCCUCACUUGCUGGAGAAGGCGCGGACGUACCUACCUUGGGAGCGGUGCACGGCGCCGGCGGACAAGGAUGUUGUCGCGAAGAUCAAGAAGCUGGAGCAGGAUGAGGUGGCUAUUGGAUUGUUGGCCGAGUCGUCGUUUUUGAGACAGCUGGGUAAGAGCGUGGAAGCGAGGAAGCUGGUGGAGCCUCUUUUGGGUGUUGAUAAAUCCGUCUUCAAGGGCCCUACCAGAGACGACUACUGUGGCGCCGCAGCCCAUUACGAAGUCGCGGCCGUUGCCUGGAUGGAGGCCUGCAGCCCCGAGGCCUGGCCAUCAGCCCCCGAAGAGGUCGAAUCCUUCCGCAAGCAAAAGACAGACGAGUGCCAGCUGCAUCUGGACAAGGUGUCCAAAUGGGAUGGGUUCGUUUUGGAUGCUCGGUUCGGCAUGAGAGUCCAGGCUGGUAUCGACAGCGUGAAGUGGCUGAAGAGCAAGAAGGGCUGGAUGUGAUUCAGUACCUAAGGUGCCUACCUUCCUUGAUCUCAGAGGAUGUGUGAACAGAUGUUACAAGCCAGGUUAUGACACUAGGUGUUUACUACGGGUUGGCCUAGACAGGGGCGGCGUGUAAAGGGUUCAAGCAGGCUGGGCGGUUAUUGUGUUUUUCUUCAGUUUUCAUCAGUUAUACAGGGGACUUGGUUCCGUGGAUGCUAGACCGCGAUGUGCAUUGCACAGCGAGUUUUGGUGUUUUGUUUGUGUGCACGUAAUUCCGUUGGUUCAUGUUUUCUGUUUCCGGUCCGGAUGGUUUGGGUACGGUAUCAGGGUUUAUAAAUAGAGGUAUUUCAUAUGAUUAUACGGAAGCGAUAUAUGGAUCAAAAGACCAAAAGAGGUUUACGAUCUACUCAACGGCGUUGAGGAGACUGACCUUGAAGCGUUCG